AUGUCUGUCACCGAGCGGCAUCCGCUGUUCAACCUCAAGUCCCUCCUGGAACACGGGACACUAACGGACGUCACCCUCAUCGUGGACGGGCAUCGCAAGUUUCAGGCGCACAAAGCCGUCCUGGUGGUCUUCAGCGAGUUUUUCCGGACGAUGUUUGACGGUCCGCAGUGGCAGGAGGCGUCGUCUGACGUGGUGUACCUGCAUGACGACAGCGUGACGUCAGAAGUGACGUCACGUCUUCUCCAGUACGCCUACGACCCGUCCUCCGACCUGGGCCUGACGCGGGAGAACGUGCUGGAGACGCUGGCGGCGGCAGACCAUAUACAGGCGCCCGCUGCGCUGAAGAAAUGCUGCGACUUCGUCAAGUCCGCCAUGAUGGAGAGCGAAGCGGCGACCUUGAAGAAGUAUUUCUGGAAGCUGACGGCGUACGCGGAGAAAUACCCGGACUUGUCAGGCUUCCAGGACGACCUGCUGCACCUCUUCGCGAGGAACUUCUGCUCUAUGAUGGAGCUGAAAGAUACUAUCGAACUCGCGAGCGCCGAGUGGCUGGGGGCGAUGCUGGAGAGAGACGACCUCUGUGCGCCGAGCGAGUUCGCCGUUCUGGAAGCGGUGCUGCGUUGGGUGCGCCACCUUCCGGGAGAGAGAGGUCAGUACACCGCCUCGCUGUUGAGUAACGUGCGGUUUGGGCUGAUUCCGAGAGACAUGUUGACGAACCCAACCCUGGCAAACGACUCCUGUUUUCCCGGGCUGAAGGAGGCGUGUCACACGGCGGUGCAGUACCACUACCUGCCGCAGGAGUUCCGCCCCUCCGUGUCCUCAGAGUACGACCGCCCGAGAGGAACAUCCAAGGUAGGCAGCCAAUGA